AUGGAAACACGCAUUCCGCGAGAGAAAUCCCAAAAGCCUGCUCCACGGAGGAAGAAGUGGGCUCCGAAGAAAUCAGAAGAGUCAAGUGUGACGAAGAGAAGCCACAUUGUCGACGAUGCGUCUCAACAGGUCGAAAAUGUGAUGGAUUUGGAGGGAAUUUUCGAUAUGUGUCGGCUGAGCUUGGAGAGCAUCAGCAUUCUGGUGUCGUCGGAUUGA